AUGUGCAGCAAGAAGAUGAUGAACAAAUUGCCAUGGCAGUGCAUAUACUCGAACUAUCAAGCCAAGGCCGCCGCUGUGGCCCGAACGUGGAUAGACAUAGGUAUUCUCGGGAAGUGUGAUGCUGCGAGGGUUUUGGGGCUUCUUCUGGAGCAAAAGCUUACAACUGUUUUACGAAUGCUGGCAUAUGGUGCGUCUGUUGAUCAGGUGGAUGAGAUUGCUAGGAUGGGGAAGUCCACUCUAGAGCUUAGUCAGAUUCUGGCAAAAAGUAUCAUCCUCGAAGCCGUUGCUGGAUUCGAUACAUGGGUUUGGCAUGCAUUCUUCGGAGUUGCCAGAUCUCAAAAUGACCUGAACGUGCUGGGUCAAUCCCCGGUAUUCAACGAUGUCUUAAGAGGUGAAGCCCCGAAUAUCACCUAUGAAAUCAACAAUACCGUCUAUUGGAAUGGAUAUUAUCUAGCAGACGACAUCUACCUGAGGUGGACUGCAUUUGUCAAAUCAAUUCUGCAUCCCCGAUCUGAGAAGGAAAAAUUAUUUUCUGCCUAUCAAGAGGGUUACAAGAAAGAUGUCGAAAGAUGUUUUGGUACCCUCCAAGCUCGAUGGGCAAUUAUUAGGGGUGCUGCGCAUAUGUUUGAUGAUGAGCAUUAUGAUGACUUGCAUCAUCCUCCAUAA